GACCUAAGAAUUCGAUGGAUGAGAUUUCAAGACAAAUUGAAAUGAUUAAGAUCUUGACGAAGUGUCAUGUAUUGAAAGUAGAAGAUUGUAAUUCGUUGUCUAAUUGGUUAUGGGAAUUGUCUUAUGAGAUUGGAAUUAAACCAUACAAAGCUAAAAAACAAAAAUUAAAAUCCGAUUUGAAUUUAGAAAUCGAAGGAAACAAAGGAAAAGAUUUAGAAGAUACGUUUUUAAAAAUGUUAAAAUGUUUACCACGUGUAGGCGAAGCCGAAUCCAAAGCGAUUGCUCAAAGGUUUCCCACUAUAAAUCAUUUGUUUUCGGCUUGGGAUUCAUUGGUGGGUAGGAAUGAUCUAGUUGGGGCUGAGGAUAUGUUGGUGGGCUGUAAGAAAGGUAAUAGUAAUAAAGCUAUUGGGAAAAUCACUUCUAAGAAAAUCUUUGAUGUUUUUUAUUCUUCUAAAGAUGGUGAUACAUGUAUUAACAAUAAUUAGAAACAACCACCGUCAUUCAAUCAAUUCCCAAAAAAUCAUUAUCCCUUUUUAUUCUCAUUCAUAGAUUUCUUGGUAUUGAAGUUGAAUGAUUUUUUUGGUUUUUCACUUUUUCAUUUUUCUGGUUGUCUAUCUUCUCUUUGAAUGGAAAAACCUCUUCUGUUUUGUUUUGUUUUUCUGUUGGAUUUUUAAUUUGUAUGAUUUACUGUUUUUUUUUUCUUGUGAUGUGUUCUUUAUAAUUAAAUUUAAGAUUUGUAUGGUUAAAAUGAGAGUCCAAGAUAGAGUUGUGGG